AUGGGGACCUUAUCCACCUUAAGGCCACCGGUGCGGCCAUCACAACCACCACAAUCAGCCACCGGAUUCAACCAAGACACUCUCCAACAACGUCUUCAAGCUUUAAUUGAAGGCGUAAAAGAAAUCUGGACCUACGCUAUCUUCUGGCAACCUUCUUAUGACUAUUCAGGUUCUUCGUUACUCGGUUGGGGUGACGGAUACUAUAAAGGCGAAGAAGACAAAACAAAAGUGAAGAAAUCAAUAGUUACUUCACCUGCUGAACAAGAACACCGAAGAAAAGUUCUCAGAGAACUUUAUUCAUUAAUCUCCGGUAAUCCAGUUACGGAAGAAUCUCCUGUUGAUGAAGAAGUUACUGAUAUGGAGUGGUUCUUUUUAGUUUCCAUGACUCAGUCUUUUGUUAACGACGGUGGACUUCCUGGACAAGCUUAUUUCAACUCAACUCCGGUGUGGCUGGUUGGCGGUGAGAAUCUUGUCCUCUCGCACUGCGAGAGGGCGAGACAAGGUCAAGAACACGGUUUAGAGACGCUGGUGUGUGUACCGUCAGCGAACGGCGUUUUAGAGCUUGGAUCGACCGAAUUGAUUUAUCAAAACAAUGAUUUCAUGGAUAAAGUGAAGAUGUUAUUGGAUUUCAAUAAUGAUUUUGAUUUUGGAUCUUCUUCGCAUAGUUCUUCUACAAUAGCUCAUCAAGGUGAGAAUGUUACUGGGCCAUAG